AAAACAUACGCUUGUAUCUAGGUUGGUAAUGUAUAACCUUAUAUUAUUUUGAUCUAAGUCUAACCGUUUCAGCUUUCAUUCAAGUUGUACGAAAACGAACAAAUUGAAGCUCGAAUAAAACUUAUAAAAGUGUACAUCAUACUGCACCAUACAGACUAUAUAUAAAAUAUUGAGUAAUAUAUUGGCAAAGUUUGGGUGUUAAACAAAGGCGGUAAGCCGACAGUUGAUGUCAGAAAGCUGCGGAUUGAGAGAGAGGGGAAAAUACAAAUAAAACUUCGACGUUUCGUUGGGAAGUGGUUAGCUUUCCGACGAAGGUCCUUCGCUCGAAACGUCGAAGUUCUCCUUGUAUUUUUCAAGUCGUUGAAUCACUCUCAAUCUGCAGUUUUCUGGUGCUGUUGUCACUACUGACGCUGACAAAGACCGUUCGAGUUUUUAUGACCGACCCCAAUCCAUCAAUUCGAUUUGCCCCCUAUACGUAUGAAAAGAAUAAACAUCACUUUUCUACUCUGGUAAUUGCAGGUUGACCACUACGUCCACACGAGAUAGAGAAACACAUAUUGGUUACGCCAUAUUGACAAGAGAACCUCGGUAGGUAUUGCGCUAAUGAAUAUCCUGGUGAUAAGAUCAAAAGCUUUGUAUGUUGUUAGUUAUCAGUGAAAGUUUGAAUUCCAUUUUUUAAAGGAGGAUUCUUUUGUUCAAAUUCUAGAUGGCGACGAGCAAGAUUUCUGAAAGUUGUGUGGUUAUUUGUCUUCUUGCUUUAACCAGUGUGAUCUAUGUCAACAACUCAGGUAUUGCAGAGGUUCGAUGGCGCAAUCCUCAGAUCAAGCGCCUUGCGUCUCCAAGGUCGUUCAUACGAAAAGAAUCAGUCAAUGGUGUGAAAAAGAUGUACAACAAAAAUAUAAGCAGUACUUCGACGUUUAGAGCGAAGACCCCUCGUUGGGGUAACUAACUGUAAUACAGUAUUGACUUCGAUGCAUAAACACAUGUAUUCCUUAUCCCUAUAUUUAUAAGUGCGCAUGCUUCUAAAGCAUGACGUCACUAUUACGUCAUUACACUAACUUCCCGACAAAGGGCCUUCGCAGGAUAUGUUGAAGCUCUGCUUAUAUUUUCCAGGUGGUUGUAUCUCUCGCACACCGCAACUGUUCGCACCAAAAUGCCCUCCUCGCUGCCCCACCCAUCUCGGCGGCACUGCUAUCAAGUAACAAGAUCCUACCCUCGAAGCGAUUAGGGCUAGGAUUAGAAUUAACCAAGUCAAUUAUUUUUACAUGUUUUAAUUUAUUUUUUAGAUGCCAUUGUGAUCGAUGAUAUACCCAGGACAAUUGAUAUAUGUUACAAUUACUACAGGAAAACAUCGUUACCUAACAUGUAUGCUGAUCAAACCAUUGCAAGUGCAAAAAUGCGAUUUCUUCCUUUCUACCCCCUGGUCCACACAUUUUGCUCCAGCGAACUAGAAACUUUCCUUUGUUCAAUAUUUCUUCCUCGGUACGAUCCAGUUACAAACACAAGUCAGAGACCAUGUCGGGAGUCUUGUGAGAGGGUGUAUCAAAGUUGCAAGUACGCUAUUGGUCGUUCACGCUUCUUCUGGCCUCCAGAAUUGGAAUGUAGCAAGUUUUCGAAUGAUGCAACGUGUUACAGUAAGAGUGCAAUGUUUGUGUGCGAUUUUAUUUUAUAUGAAAAUGUUUAUGACGAAAAUAAUUUCUCACUUAGAUAACUGCAGGUUAACCCGGCACCAUCUACUACACAAUAGUGCUCAGUAAAACUAUCGCUAUCCCACUCACAAAUAUAUUAUCUCCAUUGCAGAUUUGACCAAUGGUUCAGCAACAAACAAUUCAGGUGGAUAUUUUUGAUAAAAAUUAUUAUUAUGUGGUGUGCUUGCCCAGCUCACCCGAGCUGGAGGCUCAUGGUACACGUGUCUGAGUCAGCCUGACAAUUAAAGCCCAACGUGUAGUUUGUGGUUAGGGAGGAAAACCCGGGGACCGGGAGGAAAACCCUGGAAGCACAUGAUAGAAGCAACCAAAUUCUACUUACACGAAUUUUCAAGUGCAGGUUACUAAACCUAAGAAAAUACCCUCGACAGUAGCUGGCUUGACUUAAUAAACGAGCUCCUCCACGGUCUUAAUUUCUUUUCUCAGCCAUUAGACAGAAAAAAUCCGCGUUCAACAUCAAUCUUCACGGUCAAGAUUUCCUUUGUGUUUCAUGAAUUAGUAAUGAAAUUCCACUAUGAAAUACAGUUAUACUCAGCACCAAGACAUACCCUAAAAGCCACGGUCAAACAGAAGCAGAGUUGAUGUGAGUUGGCAGUCACGAAUUGUCAGCGGGGAUAUUUAAGCUCUAACUUAACAUAAUAAUUCGGAAUAUUUUAACUAGUACAUAAUAAUUCGGUUUCUUAUUCCCAUUUAUAGACAAGGAGACGUCCAGACGUCGACAAGCUAUCUCAACAGAAUGUAAACCUACGCCUUCUACUCCUAUCUGUUCAUUGAUCACAGAACGUCAAACAACAUUUCAAAAUGGCAACUACUUUAACCAUAGUUCAACAGGCGAAGCAGUGUAUGAGUUAAGCAAAUAUUUGAACUUGAUAAGUUCAUUACGAGGACCGGAUGCGUUAAAUAAUGUAAACUACGAGAACUGUUUCUCGUCACUAGUUCAUCUCCUAUGUCACCUACAUCUGCCUGUUUGCCCUCGCUCACCAGUAAGUCAAUCAUUCUGUCUUGACGUUAUAAGUGACAAUUCUAAAUGUUUCAAUGCAGUAAAAGAUCUUAAUACUAAAGGAGAGAACUUUACCUGGCCUCCUGUCAACGUGAACUGUCAAGAUGCAAAAUGGUUCAUCAAUCAAAUCACUGUUUGUAAGUAUAUUUUGUUAUUUUUAAAGAUUACAAGACGAACAACAUCUCUCUAAGACAAAAUCAUACGGAUUAGGAUAAAACGCGGACGGACGGACGGAUGGAUGGCAGACGGACGGACGGAUGAAUGGCGGACGGACGGACGGAUGGCUUAUGUUCUCGCAAAAUGUCAUUUAACAGUCAUCCGCGUUUUAUUCAAAAGGGUAAAACGCGGAUAUGGUUCAGAAAACGUUUUUCAGCCCUUUAUAAGUCAUAUUCGCAUUUUAUCCAAAAGGAUAAAACGCAGAUAUGGUCCAGAAAAUGUUUAUAUAAAGUCAUAAAACGCGAUAUAUUUCUUCACGAUAGGCACCUUUUAAAGUCCAAAACUUGUAAAGAACACAAAUAAUUUAGCUAUUCUUACAGGCCGGCCCUUAUAUUCCCUUUAUAGUUGUAAUUCAACGAUUUAACCCAUUUGGUCCUCCUGCGCCAAAGAAUAUUCAAAUUACUCCACAGUUUUCUACGAGACUAAACAUUUCCUUCGAUCGCACAGGAGAUUUGAACACAACAGCUCUGUACAGGCGACGUGAUACUACAACAGCUUAUCAGUGCACGACGACACACACGUUACCAAGGCCUGGUGCCCUCACACUGGAGCAACUCACACCAGCAACGGAUUAUGAAAUAAUAUUGGCAUCAUUAAGAUCAACAUCCAGUUUACCUGGCGCGUUCGUGGGAAGUAUAUCCAACACGUUUGGUAAGAUAUUAACCAACCACAACAAUACAUCCUUCCGGAAAGUAUGUCAUCUUGGCUAUAGAGCCUCGUUUUCGUGUGUGUAACACAAGUUAAAGCCCAUGCAACAUCUCAAUCAAGAAAACGAGGAUAGAUGUAUUGCAGAACACGGCUUUUUCCUUUCAUGCGCGAAUGAACUAUUGCUCUACCAGUUCUGUGUAAACUGGUUUUCAUAAAGAUCCAGUAAGGGUGUUACUACAGGACUAAACCUAAACUAACUCUACUUAUCCUGGAUAACUUUAUCCGUUCUAAAUCGUAUCCCUGGAGGUCCAAUAUGGAUCAUUCCUUAAUGGUCAGGUGUUGUUACAGAAGGAAACCUAAACUUUAGCUUUGUUUUGAUAACUUUAUCAGUUCUAAAGGUCCAGUAAGGGUGAUCGCUUACUAGUCCAGACUUGUGUUAUACAGAAGGAAACCGAAGUAUCAGGAGAAAACCUGCAGUCUAAAUUUGAAGCAUUCUUCUCACAUGUGCCUGAGAUGUGACAACUGCGUAUUGCGGGAAUCAGACAUGGUCACAAUCAUACGAAGAUGAAAUACCACUUUGUGGAUGAGAAUAGCUGAGCAUGUACAUGUGAAAUGCAAAAUACAUUAUAAAAACAUGAAAAUGUUUUCUCUUUAAGAACAAUGUCAAAACGACACAACAGGAGAAGAAAUCAUUCAAGGAAAAUUUUUCUGGACAACGCAAGAUGGGAACCAAUGGCAAACUAUUAACUGCCCAUACGGUGAACUGGACGAUAUCGAUGACAGAUCUACCGAUGUAGAAUCAACCGCAAAACGUUUCUGUGCAUGUGACAUACCCAACGUUUGCAAGAACCCAUACUGGCUCAAGCCUAAUACGAGUACGUGUAACUUCAAGCGUGUGAAUGAUGAACUCACUUCGACUUUGUCAAAAGUUCUUCGGGUAAAUGAUUGAAAUAUUUCUCUGAACAGUACAUUGAAGUUUAGAGCCCACCUACAAAUUCCUCUCUGGAUUUUCAAGAGCUCCUGUGUGCAAAUUCAACGCUUUCUCUGAAUAGAGAAAAGAACAGUGAAGUUGGAAGACUUGACCACCAUGGAGAACAGUUUGGAACUGAUAUAACUAUCCAGUAUAUAAAUAACGUUAGCGUAGCUAAUAUACUGGAUGACCUAUAGCUAGGAUGGUACUUACUGGACCUCUAUGGAGAAUAAUUUAGAACUGAUAGAACUAUAUCCACGGUCACCUCACUGAACCAGAAUUUCGAGUUUCUUAACUAAUUAAUUUUGAUAUUUCCUAACUUUCGUUUAGAAAUUAAAGAGAGACAAAAUAUCGCGACAUAAUGCGAGCGAGGAACUCGUUGGUAUUGCAUCAAUAUAUGCUCGUGAAUUCACAGCGAAUGAUGUUAUUUUAUCAACGAUAAUUCUGGAAGAUAUCGUUAAUGACACUCAACAAUUAAACAAGGUAAGCAACGUGAAAAAAAAAGCUCAAGAUUUUCCUAACAUUUCCUUUGACUGUUGGCAUGAUAGCUUUCAGUAAUGUGGAAGAGUUUUUGUGGAUGGAAAUCUCGAAUAGAGGGUUUUUAUGGAUGAAAAUCUUGUGGAGGGUCUAUAGUCACAUUUUUCGCAGCUGCUCCUGGAUAGGUCUAAAAUAUGUAUAACAUUUACACUAGAGAUUUCCGUCAAUUAUAUCGACGGGAUGCUUAAAAUCCUGAUAAGUUUCAGUUACCAUAUACCAGCACAUGGUGGUCUGUCAAAUUCAUAGAUCUUAUAUUGGUGGGUUUCAGUAAGAAUUUCAAGACUGAUGAUGGUCAACUUCAGAAAUGUUGGAACUUAUGUAUUACUGUCAAAUUCAUAGAUCUUGUAUAUAUUGGUGGGUUUCAGUAAGAAUUUCAAGACAGCAGAUGGUAGUCAACUUCAGAAAUGUUGGUACUUAUGUAUUACUGUCAAAUUCAUAGAUCUUGUAUAUAUUGGUGGGUUUCAGUAAGCCUUUCAAGACAGCAGAUGAUGGUCAACUUCAGAAAUGUUGGUACUUAUGUAUUACUGUCAAAUUCAUAGAUCUUAUAUAUAUUGGUGGAUUUCAGUAAGCAUUUCAAGACAGCAGAUGGUAGUCAACUUCAGAAAUGUUGAUACUUAUGUAUUACUGUCAAAUUCAUAGAUCUUGUAUAUAUUGGUGGGUUUCAGUAAGCGUUUCAAGACAGCAGAUGAUGGUCAACUUCAGAAAUGUUGGUACUUAUGUAUUACUGUCAAAUUCAUAGAUCUUGUAUAUAUUGGUGGGUUUCAGUAAGAAUUUCAAGACAGCAGAUGAUAGUCAACUUCAGAAAUGUUGGUACUUAUGUAUUACUGUCAAAUUCAUAGAUCUUAUAUAUAUUGGUGGGUUUCAGUAAGAAUUUCAAGACAGCAGAUGAUGGUCAACUUCAGAAAUGUUGGUACUUAUGUAUUACUGUCAAAUUCAUAGAUCUUGUAUAUAUUGGUGGGUUUCAGUAAGAAUUUCAAGACAGCAGAUGAUAGUCAACUUCAGAAAUGUUGGUACUUAUGUAUUACUGUCAAAUUCAUAGAUCUUGUAUAUAUUGGUGGGUUUCAGUAAGAAUUUCAAGACAGCAGAUGAUGGUCAACUUCAGAAAUGUUGGUACUUAUGUAUUACUGUCAAAUUCAUAGAUCUUGUAUAUAUUGGUGGGUUUCAGUAAGCCUUUCAAGACAGCAGAUGAUGGUCAACUUCAGAAAUGUUGGUACUUAUGUAUUACUGUCAAAUUCAUAGAUCUUGUAUAUAUUGGUGGGUUUCAGUAAGCCUUUCAAGACAGCAGAUGAUGGUCAACUUCAGAAAUGUUGGUACUUAUGUAUUACUGUCAAAUUCAUAGAUCUUAUAUAUAUUGGUGGAUUUCAGUAAGCAUUUCAAGACAGCAGAUGGUUGUCAACUUCAGAAAUGUAUGCUGCCUCUUAUAAGAGCAAGAAACUCGUUAUAUCUGAUAAAACACUCCUACUCGUGUUUUAAAUAGUACAUCAUAAUAAUAUACCGUAAAUAUUACUCGAUUUUGAUUGACUAAGAAGAGUGCAAUUUAUUGAAAUACAGUGCCAAAGAAGAAAUGUUGGGCAAGCGCCACAACAAAAGACAUUUUGAUUUACGUUUUGACUUCUCACGGACACUUAAAAACUUAUAUUAAGUUAUUGUGCCAUUCAAAUGAGUUAGUAAAUUAUUUAUUUCCAUUUGUUUCAUGCAUGUGAGCGACUAUGAAUUGGUUAUUGUUUUAUAUUGUCAAUAAUAGUGUGGUUUCUCGUCCAAUUUGGAAACAUGCACUCAUGAAUUUUUUGAUCACUCCAAAUUGCUCUCAUCCUUUGGACUACCGUAUUUACACCGCGGCGUUAUUAUUUUUUUUUUGGCUUGGGCUGCGGCAUUUAUUCGAGGGCGGUGUUUAUUAUAAAUCUUUGCGGAAUUAAACUUAAACCAAAUUUAAUACUAAAACAGUAAAACCCCAAAAACUAAAACCCUAAGAACAUUUAUGUCUCUUCUGAAAUGUUCACUGUCUAUGUGGGAAGUGCCAAGUUUCUGGUGACUAGCGCGCUGCUCAGUCACUUUUCUUAUUCUAGUAUCCGGCUUAAUGUCACUGUCCCCUACGUGGUCCGAGUCCAUCAGCUGAAUGGUAGGGUAUCAGCCUCUUCUGACCCAUCGAGAAUAUCCAUUUGUGACUUGACAUGAGGCUUGUUCGUCCAGUGCUAUACACGACUGUCCCUCCUUGAAACAUUGAAUCCAAUCACUCAUCCUUUGAGCAGUCCACUGAAAAAUUCAAUGUCGCCAAAUCUGUCCAGGAAUCCAUAAUCCAUUGUAAAAUAGUUUCUCUUGGUGGCGUUUUCAAAUUUCCAGCUACUGUAGUAGAGGAAAUACUCGAAUGUGAGGAAGGUACUCGCGCGGAAGCAAAGGAACAUGAUGAAAACGCUUAGUAUCGAACUGUCGCGCUUAUUAAAGAACUUCCCAGACGCAAACGCUGACAACAAACUAUUCGCGAAGGUCACUGGAAAAGGAAGAGAGAGGUUGGACUAGUUGUGACCAGCAAAAUUCUCGACUUUCACUGGACGGAACUGCAAAUGCAUAGCUGACGUUUUGCAGAAAGAGAUAAGUAACAGAGCAGUGAAAUAUACCCACUUUGAACUAUAUAGAAGAAUCAAUUUCCGAGACUGGUUUAGAUUAAGUUGUGCCGUACUUUUUAAACUGUAUGGUACUUGAGUGUAAUUCAGUUCAUACUUUAUUUAGUUAGUUAAUAAGAAUGAUUCUAUUAAUUAAACGCUGCAUUGGUGAGAACGAGUAAAUACGGUUUGAUGUUUGAAAAAUUCACUCUUGCAUGUUUUAUUCCAAAUUGCACUCGAAAUCAUAAUAAUUAUUCCCUAUACCUUGUUAAAUAUUUCCUUUAGACUGGAUCAAAUAUAGUGAAGUCAAUGAACAAUCUUUUGAAUACGAAGGAGAACGUUCUUUUUGAAAGCCAGAGAAUCACCAAUUCAUCGGCAAGGUGGGUGAAAAUUUAAAUAUAGGGGGUGGAAGCGGAAUAAUUGUGGUUCAAUUGUUCAUUUUAAGUAUUUCCAAAUUCGUCGUAUUUUCCGAAUUAUUUAUUCAUUUUUGGUAGAUCCUUUAUUCCAUUCAAAUUUUCAAUUUUCAUUUCCUAUACAACAAACCUGGGGCCAGUUGUUCAAAGCUGAAUUAACGCUAAGGCCUGGAUUAAAUUCAUCUGCCAUUUUAGUAAUUUGUGUGUGUCUGCACGUUUGUUUAUUGCAAACCUCCAGAAAAGAAAACUCGUAUUGACCCAUGCAAGAUUUCUGAAGAAAUAUUUCCAAGUUCAUAAACAAGCUGCUGGGAAGUAAUUUGCUUUGCGUUAACCCAGCAGGGUUUAGCUAACCAUUUUUCGAACAACCGGCCCCUGGUGUUCAUUAUUUUACUUCCACCCCCGAUAUUACGGCAUAUACUUCAGAAUGCUCAGGACAGUGAAUAUUCGAAGUAUUGCCUAUUGGUCAUUUUUCGGAGAACAUUAGAAUGCUCAAUGUAGGCUAUAGUAGGUCCACAUCAGGACUAAUUUACAUUUCCUUACAGAAUCAUAAGAGUUCUGGAUCAAUAUUUAGAGAACAUUCUUCUAACACUUAGUCAAAAUGUAAGCCAAAACGAAGAGAACAUCGCUGUAUAUACACAAGAAUAUAACUCCCGAGACUUCGAGGGAGCUGCUGCUGCCUCUGUUGAACAAAAUACAGCACAUAACUUGGUAAUCUAUGAUAACGAAUCAGGCGUUCAACCUAAUCAAUCACACGUGUCAUUGACCAUGCCAAGCUCGCUGUUUAAAGACUUAGAUAUCGACGUAAACACUCAGAAUCAACGCAUCUCGUUCGCAAUAUAUCGCAAGACCUCAUUCUUUAUAACCUCAGAGAAAAAAGAACCAAACUCGGCGUCGCAAGCAAAUGCAGUUCGAAGAAAGAAUAGUUUCGUAAUAUCAGGUUCUGUAAAAGGCCAGAGGUUAACUAACCUCACAGAUCCUAUAAAAACAACUUAUCAGCCACUGGAUGUGGGCAGAGACGAAACAACGGCUUGUGUUUUUUGGAACUUCACCGCGGGGAAGAGCGGUUUAGGAAACUGGUCAUCUGUUGGAUGUAGUUAUCAAGGAAUUGUGGAUGAUGUAGUCACGUGUCAUUGUACACAUUUGACUAACUUUGCUAUAUUGAUGGUAAGGUUUAUACAGAAGUAUAUACUUAAUAUAUACUUAAAUAAAUAUAAUUGUUUUGUUUUGUGGAAAACAACAGGUUUAUUAAUUUAAGAGGAUAUUUUUUGUAUGUUACGUAACACGCACUGAAAACUAAUAUAGCUACCACUUGCGGUUAAUGACUAUAUUAAAAUUUUAUUUGUCAAACUUAAAAUGUAUAUGUAGCGCUUUAUCUGUAAAAUAAUGCGAAAAUGAAGAGAUUGUAGAUGAUACGCCAAAGAGAAAAUGAUGUCUGAAGUUUAGCAAGUUUUGCUUAUAUUGCCGUAUUAAAUACAUGGCGUCACUUUUAAAGCAUAAUUGACAAUUAUUUUCUGUUUCCCAACCGGCAAAUGCAUUUAAAAAAGUAGCUAGCUGUUUAAUUAAAGCAAUUUCGAGAGGAACGCCAAAAAAAUUUCGAUUUUGAAGAAUUUUCAUCGCAAAUACACGACAUAGAAAAAAUUGCCUCUUAAGGUGGCUCCCUACAGUUUACUAGAAUUCAGAUUACUUGGAUUUUUUUAAAUCUCGAAAAUGAUUCAACACACUAAAAGAAAUCAUGCUAUAAAAUAAAAAAUGAGGGUCACCGACCUUAUUUUCGAAUUCAAGAUUACUUUAAAUAAAAAAUAUCCGCCAUAUUGAAACGACAUUGUUGCCAUAGCAACGGCUGUUAGGAGUAAAUUUUAAAAAACGUACUCUAACUUAGACUUAGUUAUUGUUUUAUUCAAGUCAAAUGCUCUUUGUUUUUCAACAAAUUAUUAUUGUCCGGAAAUUCAUGUCCAAAGUCAGAAAAUCUUCCAUUUGUUAACUGAAAAGUGUAGGUAGCCACCUUUCGAUCUGUAAGUCCGCUCGGCCGGAUCUUCAUUAGUGCAAAUAAUAUAAUGCUAGAUUUUAGUUCCCACAUCCAGAAAAAAGCAAUGGUAACUGGUAAGAUUUUUCCAGCUACUCGAAUAUUUAUGGUAGCAGAAUUAGUCUAUUACUUGCCUGGCCCGCCUUGCCAACCAUGUAUGUUGUUUAUACCCUUUCAAUCUGAGAUCUUUUGCAAUUUACUCUAAUUUUGAUCACAUUUAAAACAGACUCUUUUUAUUAUGUUUAAAUCUGCAAGAACUGCAAAACACUUUUUUACGAACAGCUUACUUUGCAGAUUAAUUCUUCACAUUUGAUCAAGCAUGUUCUGUAAGAGAGAGAAAUAUUUCUUCUUUGUUCGAUUAUUCUUUUGCAGGAUGUGCAUAUUGAUGACAGAGACGAGACUCAUGAUAAAGUUCUGAGUGUCAUCAGUUACAUUGGAUGUGCUAUCUCAUUGUUUGGUCUUGUCCUAACUAUAUUCACUAUGCUUAUAUUCAAGUAAGUAAAUAUACUAACUUUAUAUGUAUACUGGAUAGUUCCAUCAGUUCUUAUACCUGUUCUACUUACAGGUAAUUUCCUUUAUUUAUAUCGGAUACCUCUAUUAGUUCUAAACUGCUUGUUGUACAGGCUAGUAAGAUAGGAAACCUAAACAAAAAUAACUUUAGCUUAUACUGCAUGGAUACCUUUACCACUUUUAACAAUGUAAUCACACAAUUAGUACUAGUUAAAACAUGAGCAACUGAUCUUUAUCUGAUAUACAAACUUGAGCCGAAGGUGAGAGUUUGUAUAUCAGAUACUGAUCGGAUGCGAAUGUUUUAUCGUACUUAAAAAAUGACCCAUCUUAUGAGUUAAUUGGCGAAGUAAUUUUAAAAAUAAACAUUGUCUAAGCCGAGAAAAUCAAAGCUGAAGUUUAUGUAAAUCAGGACAAAUCUUUAUCCGAUUUACAAACAUUGAUUAAACAUUCAUUUCUUUUGUAUUUUCCUCGCGAAUUAUUAAUGAAUUUUUUAAAUAAAUAAUAUUGAUAUAUUAGUUAUUAUUUAUUGUCACAGAUAAUAAAUCGAUGAUUAUUUUUAACUAUAAUUUUGUUGUCUCGAUUUUUAGAGAUCUUCGAUGCAAAGUGCCAACUCGGAUCUUACUCAAUUUCUGCUUUGCUCUCUCGCUAACAUUAAUCGUGUUUCUGGUGGCUGCGGAGAGAUCAAACACCUCGUCCUUUGCUGCCUGUAGGGUUGCAGCAAUAGCUCUACAUUAUUUUGUGUUAGUCGUGUUUGUCUGGACAUCUAUACAAGCUUACAGCAUGUAUCUAGCAUUUGUUAAAGUUAUGCCAAGAUAUCAUUCCAAGUUUAUAUUGAAAUGCUGUGUGGUUGGAUGGGGUGAGUAAUUGAUUGUAUUAUCGAUUAAUUGGUUGUUUGAUUGAAUAAUAAGGAUCAAUCGAUUGAUGUUGAUAUAGAUUCUAAAGUUAAAAAGUUAAUAAUUUUUUCAGGUCUACCAGCUGUGAUUGUGAUAAUAACAGCCGCAAUAGCGAUUGAAGAAUAUGGUGAUGAAAACUUGUAAGUUUGUUUGUUUUGCAUGGAUGACGUAAGACUACUUUCACACGCGAGACAAACGAAUUCGGAACCUCAAAUUUGUCUGUUUCCAUUUGUUCAAACGGAAAUUCGUAUUGUUAACUGUCCUCUAAUCCGUCCAGUUUCAUGCGUUUCUUGUCGAAUGGUAAAAUUAUGCAAACUUGAAUAUGGUUCCGAGUGUUUUCUUAAGAUUUAUUUUUCCUUGUAGUUGCCGAGUGCAAGGUCUACCGUUCCAGGUUGGCUUCUUGACUCCAGUGGUUUUAAUCCUCGUUGUAAACUCCAUAGCAUUCGUUCUUAUCAUUCGCUCACUGCUGACAGCCGGAAGUAAAGUAGCGGCAGACAAGAGAGCCACUGGAUUACAACACGCCAGACGAGCUUCCGCCAUCUUGGUUGUGCUUGGUUUAACCUGGCUAUUCGGUAUUCUCGCUAUACGUGAUGCUAAAUUAGUCUUUCAAUAUCUAUUUUGUAUUUUCAACUCAAUUCAAGGACUUUUGGUGUUUAUAUUCUACUGUGUGCUUUCCUCGGAAACUAAAGUCAAAUACAAGAACUUAUUGUGUGGAUAAAGUAAAUAAUCUGUCACAAGUGGGAAGCAAAGUUAUCCUGGGUCUUCUUCAGAAGGAAGGUUUCAUGAAGUUAACUCGCGAGCAAGAAUACCGGCAACAAGUGAUGUGUGCACAACUAGUACAGGAGAAUCUUCGAUGUCUAAUAAAUAUAAAUAUCUCUAAUAAAGUCAAUGUAGAAAUGAG